AUGGGAGGAGUAGACCACCGCAGGGGAGCAGACGGCUGCACGCAAAAACCCUCCCCCAAACUCACCAGCUGCACCCCGGAGCCCAGUUUUUCCCUCCGGGCGGGAUGGCGGAUGUGUUCUCGCCGUGGGGGGGUCAGCCGGAGGGGGGGGGGCUGGCCGGAGGAGGACCACCGGCGGCUGACCAGGCUCUACUGCAUGAAUGGCGGACAUCACCUCCAGAUCCUGUCCGACGGGACGGUGCAGGGCCAGAGGGACGGGCGGGACGCUCACAGUAAGGCCGCCUCCCGGUCAGCCGUGAUGCGUUCACGUGCUUGCACACGGAUCAAAUCUGUGGACAGAGGAGUGGUCGUCAUCCGGGGAAUGGAAGCCGAGCGGUAUUUGGCCAUGAGCGAUGAUGGGCGUCUGUACGGCUCACCCUCAGCCACCGAUGAAUGCUACUUCCUGGAGAAACUGGAAGAAAACCACUACAACACCUACCAGCCGCAGAAAUACCUGGACAACAACUGGUUCGUAGGCCUGAAAAAGAACGGACGACCCAAAGCUGGCCCGAGAACACACAUUGGACAGAAGGCCGUCUUCUUUCUUCCCAGAAAGUGCGACGGCUCCAGUGAGUGAAGACACGGAAAACUGCAGCCUGAACGCUAACACCAGGACGAGUUGACCACCACAGGGCCCCCCCCCCACCGAUUAGUGACAACACGGGCCUUCUUAAUAAAGAGCAGUGUCAACAAAAUAAAAGCCUCAGAGCUAAAGGCACUGUGUCCUUCCCCUGCAUUCAGUUUGUACAUGAACUCGU